GGUGCCGCGUAGUAGGCAGCUAUGGGCAAGCCGCUUCUCCUGCAGUGGCUGGUGCUGCUGCCCACGCUCUGCAGCCCGGGUGCAGCUGUCGGGUCGGCCUCAUCCCCGGAUUGUGCACAGGGCCCUAAAUUCUGGUGCCAAAGCCUGGAGCAAGCAGUCCAGUGCAGGGCCCUGGGGCACUGCCUACAGGAUGUCUGGGGACACGCGGGAGCUAAUGACCUGUGCCAAGAGUGUGAGGAUAUUGUCCACCUCCUUAUAAAGAUGACCAAGGAAGACGCUUUCCAGGACACAAUCCGGAAGUUCUUGGAGCAAGAAUGUGAUAUCCUUCCCUUGAAGCUGCUUGUGCCCCGGUGUCGUCAAGUGCUUGAUGUCUACCUGCCCCUGGUUAUCGACUACUUCCAGAGCCAGAUAAACCCAAAGGCCAUCUGCAAUCAUGUGGGUCUGUGCCCACUUGGACAGGCUAAGCCAGAACAGGAGCCAGGGAUGCAGGAUGCUAUUCCAGACCCUCUGGUGAACAAGCUGACGCUCCCCGUGCUGCCAGGGGCCCUCGUGGCAAGGCCUGGGCCUCACACACAGGGUCUCUCCGAGCAACAGCUCCCCAUCCCUCUGCCCUUCUGCUGGCUUUGCAGGACUCUGAUCAAGCGGGUCCAAGCCGUGAUUCCCAAGGGUGUGCUGGCCGUGGCCGUGGCCCAGGUGUGCCACGUGGUACCCCUGGUGGUGGGUGGCAUCUGUCAGUGCCUGGCUGAGCGCUAUACAGUCCUCCUGCUAGAUGCACUGCUGGGCCGCGUUGUGCCCCAGCUGGUCUGCGGCCUCGUUCUCCGCUGUUCCAGCGAGGAUGCUAUUGGCCCAGCCUUCCCUGCUCUCGAUCCCCUGAUAGAGGAAAGGUCACUACAAGACACCGAGUGCCAGCUCUGCAAGUCUGUGAUCACCCGGGCAUGGAACACCAGUGAACAGGCUAUGCCAGAGGCCAUGCCACAGGCCAUGCGACAGGCCUGCCUUCACUUCUGGCUGGACAGGCAAAAGUGUGAGCAGUUUGUGGAACAGAACACACCCCAGCUGCUGGCCCUGGUGCCCAAGGUCAGGAAUGCCCACGCCGCCUGCCAGGCCCUGGGAGCGUGUGAGGCCCCGGCCAGUCCUCUGCAAUGCUUCCAAACCCCGCACCUCUGAGAACUCGGUCUCUAGCACCUUGCACCAGAUGGCGACAAAUCUCAGCCUCUGCCCUCAGCCCUGUGUCAGCCUGUACAACACACCCUAGCCACAGCCCAACACCAAAGUGGAUUCUGCCUCCAUUGGGGAUGAGGUGCAGAAGCCCGUGUCUUCUGGGAGCCUGCAGAGGUACUUCAGGUCUUCACUAGAGCCAACACCAGCUCCAACGGCUCCUACAGCCCCCAAAGACUGAGAAGAAACUGCCAUGGCUCCCAAAUGACAGCAAGGAGAAGCUGGGUCUGGCCACACCAACCCCUUGCUAGCACUUCUAUGAAAUUCAAGCUUCAGAAGAAUAAAAAAUGGGAACAUGAA